AUGGUGCAAUUGAUAGUAGUAGCCAUGCUAACCCUCUCAUCCUGCAAGGAAAAUAAGGUUGCAAUUGCUUCAUCAGGGAGUGCACUUUGUGAGGCUGCUAGUGUUGGUGGGGCAAUUUGGAUACUGGUCGAGACUAUUGAAGAUGGAUCUUCACUAGGGAAAGAGCAUGCGGUUAGCAUAGAUGGAACACGGAGAACCAAGAACAUGGCUCGAGAACUAUUGUUGCUUCUGAGAGAUUACUCCAAUUAUAGUUCAAGACAAAAACAAAUGAAUCGUGAGCUCAUAGAGCGGAUUGUGGAAGAAAUUGAUGUAGAUGGAGAGAAAUUGGCUGAUGCUAAGCUGCGGUUAGUGGAGGAGAUGAUUGCAAAGCUGAACACAUAA